CUCUAUAGCCAUUCGAGAGAAGAGUUGGAUAUAAUAAUACAGGCUGGGGAUUAAACACUGACGGCCACUCAAAACCACCACAUUUACAUGCACAGCCACAUCAUUCAUGACAGGAAGACUAGUAGUGGCUGUUAGAACCCGGGUAACUGUUCGAACUUUUAGAGAACAGAUAUUUAUUCAUUGUAUGAGGAUCCUGAUGUGGGGCCGAGUCAAGGAAACUUCCUUGGAUAGAGUGAAGAGGAGCAUCAGAAGAUCCACACAUUGUAACAAACCUGGAAAGACAUCAGGACAAGUCAGACAGCACAGGUUAACUUCACUGUUGACUGACCGCGAUAACGGAUUUAUGUGGACGAUGGUGUUCUUGGUGCCUGCCCUCCUCACUCUGACGGCGUCCGCCCAUCCGCAAAUUAUCGAGGUGGUGGAGGUGCAGGCAGUGUGGUCAGUCAGCCUUGGAUUCCUGUUGUGCCUGCUCGUAUACCUCGUGGGGGUGGCGCUGCGGGCCGCCGCUCGGGGCCCUCCCUUUCUUGAGGCAGAUUCCUCCAUCCUGCCUGUUCUCCUCAUUCACCGAGAGUCAUGGGACGUGAUAUCCGUGUCCCUGAUGCUGAUGUGGCUCAAGUUCCUUAGUAAGGCGACCAAAGAAAACCUCAGGGAGGCGGGGACGGCCACACCACAGGUAUCUGCGCAGAGGAUGCUCAAGAUGACCCUUCUGUUCACUGUGUUCAUUGGAUGUACGGUGACCGUGUGCUUCGUGAGCUACUCCUACUCGCCUGCAUUCUAGAAUAGUUUCAUCUAUCCAUCUAUUUACUGUAUGCCGGCGAGCCCACACUCGGAAGCCUAGACAAAGCACCAGACACUCAUAUACACAUUAUCCACAUUCCUACUCCUAUCGGCAGUGUAUAAGAACAUAAAAUAGCGUUGCAAUUAAAUAAAUUAGCAAGAACUCUGUGAUAUUAAAGUAAAAUUGAUAUGAUCAAAUAAAGCAUUCUAUCAGUUUCUUUUUUC